GGCUUUCAUAUGACAGUUUUUCUUCUGUCUAGUGUCUCAUAAUUUUAGGAGCACUUUAAACGGCAGUCUGGUGUGAGCCGAGACACUAAAAAUCCUCACAUGUUGAACAACUGCGACGCAUUGGGGACAACUUCAAGUUGGGAGAAAUGAUGCGACGUUGAUCGCAGUUGGGCCCAAUAGUCUUCAGCUGUUGUCAUUCUUCAGGAGGGAGAGGAGAGGUGUGGAGUAGGGUCAGAAGAAGCGAGUUCGGACAGUAUGGAGCAGCUCAGGGCAGAAUUUGAGAAAGUUGUUGCGGAACUCAAGUGGGAGGAAGUUGUUUCCACUCUCCUGGAGGUGGUCAGCGGCAUGGUGUGUGCCACGGCAAGCUGUCCACCUCCUGUGCCUUCGUGGCUGAGGUUUGACACCCACUGUCAGCUGGUCACUGGUCACAACAGAGGCUAUGGUGGGUGCGUCCCGCCCAGUUCAGCUUUUGUGCAGGCAGGUCAGGUGAUGGCAGGACCACAGACAAAUCCAUAUGGCAUGCACGCAUUUGACAUCAAAAGUCAGGCAGGUGGCUCUCAGAAUCUCUCUCUACCUGGACGGUCACUUCCCGAAAACUCCAACUGGUGUCCUCCUGGGAUGCUGAAUGGAGGAGACAUGUUUCCGAUGUCAGGCCCUUCUGUCUACGCCGCUCCGAUGAGUUCCAACUCAAAGAAUGGAGGGGUGGUCUAUCACAUUGCUGGCCCCCCUGUCUUUGCUGCUCCCCCAAUAACAUGUACAAAAAGAAAACGACGGCGCCGGCGCAUCCGAGAUGCAGACCAGCCAUAUGUCAAGAAGCCACCCAACGCCUUUAUGUGUUUUCUGAAGGAGCAGAGACAACAUGUAAAGGCACAGAUGAAUUUAAAAGACAGUGCUUCUGUCAACACUGUCCUGGGGCACAUGUGGAAGCUGCUGACAGACGAGGGACAGGCUAAAUAUUACAAGAUCGCCGAUGCUGAGAAAAAACUCCAUUCUCAGAUGUAUCCAGAGUGGUCCAGCAGUGAUAACUACGGCAACAAGAGAAGGAGGCGCAGUGUUACAACAGCCUCCAAUAUUGCAGAGCCAGGUUCUCCAGGAGAAACUCCAACUCCACAAACCAGUGACGAGUCUGAAAAAAUGCGUAUUGCAGACAAAGUCUUACAUAUGCUGGGAUGCGCCUAGUCAACUUAUGCUCCAUCAUUGGUUGCAGACAAAGUCUUAGAUAUGCUGGGAUGCGCCUAGUCAACUUAUGCUCCAUCAUUGGUUGUGGGUGCUGUCGGGCAGCCAUUUUGUAUUACUGUGUCCUCAACGGCUGAAUGUUAUUUAAAGUAUGUAAAUAUAUUUAAAUGUGUAAAAAAAAUGCAAAUAUGUUUUAGUAUUUUACGGUAUUGUUGAACAACAAUGUGUUCAAUCCACAUCCUCUGGAUUUUAACAUGAGUUCCAAAACUCAUUAUGGAAGGGUGUGAAGAUGUUCGAAAUAAAACUUAAUCUGUUAUGCGCACACCCCAAAAACAAGACAAAGCAAUGUAUCCCUGUGGGAUGCCAGAUAUUCACAAAGUGAAUGAAAUUACUGAAUCAAAACAGGCUUAACCUUAGCAAGCCUGUCAAGAAGCAACAUGUGCAUCUUUACAAUGUUCAUGUAAUACAAAGUAAUUAGUAGCUAAAUAGGAUGUUUGUCAAUUGUUAACUUGAGCCACUCUUUGUGUAACGUUGAUGAGUCAUGACAAUGACAUGCAAAGGCACAACAAUGAACAAAAACAUGAAUAAAAAUGUUUUGAAUGAUG